AGGGUGUCAACACUAGUGAACGAAGCAUUAACAGACCUGAGAUUCACAUGUGUUAUUUACGAACCGUUCCCGCUCUCGAUCUUAUCGAUAACUGAUAAGAACCUGAGUUGGCUUAUCAGCAACAAAAAGAGAAAGACCUCAUUGGCUAACAUGGCUUGGAAAUUUAAAAGACCAGUUACGACGGCAAUAAUAUUCCUUUGCAUUGUGAUUUUAAUGGCUACUAUGAUUUAUAACAGUCGACAUGAGGGUGCAGACUUUGCAACCUUAAAUUCCGAACUUCAAAUCCGAAUGGACGAACUGGCACAAGCACAAGAAGAGGCGGAGGAGAACAAUAUGGAGUUUGAUGAAUUAGACGAUGAAGUCAAGAUCUUCGACGAGCUGGAUCCCAACGAGGUGAUGCUCAAUGGGGAUAUGUUCUUUUUCGUAUCCUCGGGAGCCCAAGAUUUGAAUUCCCGGGAAGCUUGUACUGUUGAGGCUGCAGCACAGCUUCAUCCUGGCAGGCACAUUUUCGUUCUCUUCAUAACGCCAAAUAUCACGAAUAUCAUACAGAGCCACACUUUGUCAGUUCUACUUUCCUACAACAAUGUCAUCUUUCGCUACAUAAAAGUGUCUAAGUAUCUGAGACAAAACAUUUAUUUGGAACAAUGGUUCAUCGAGUCCGGUUUUCAAGAAUCCGAUCAAAUGCCUGAUCAUCUGACUAAUGCACUUACAUACGCCAUGCUCAAUAAAUUUGGCGGAACAGCUCUGAGUUUUGAUGUGUUGCUCUUGCGAUCCAUAUCCUGGAUGGGAGACAUCCUACCAAGAUGUCAAGACGACCUUAUAGAGUCGACUCCUUUAACACUUAAAAGCAAACAUCCAUUGGCCUUGGAUGCAAUGGAGCAAAUGGUUCACUUUCAUGACUCAACGAACCCGAAGGCCACUGGUAGCUAUCUUCUAACCCAACGACUUAAGAAGAAGUGCUCAGUGGAAUUCAUUACCGAACUUCUUUUCAAAGAGUGUGGUGCAAAAAGUGACGCGAAAGUGCUGACUUCCGAAGUCCUAUGUCCAGUGGAAGAGGAUAAGCACUGGCGAAUUUUUGAUCCAGCUCGCACCAAGUUGGUUCUUCAGAAUCUCAAGGAGCACAAAAGCCAUGGACUGAAGCUCUGGCGAGAAUACACGGACAGCUAUCCAUCAUGGGGAUCAGCCGGUAAGCCCACGGCCUUCUCCAGUUUGGCCCAAGAUGCAUGUCCUCUAAUCAACCUGCGUGUUGGGUCUAUAAAUCAAUUCUAAUGCGAUGAGAGAGGCCAAAAAAAUCCCAGACCAAGGUCAUGCGUGACUCUCAGUGCUAUGACUGAAUGCACAAUCCCUCUUUGUCGGUCGUUUGUGGGCUAACAACAUGUGCCUUUGAACAUUGAACAUUCCUGGGCUUGGAUAUCCUGUGAGCUGGUCGUUAAUCGUGUAUCAUUGUCGAACUUUGAGGGCCUUGUCAUGCCCUUCUGAGGGCCCUGGGAGCAAAUCAAACACGCUCCUAGCAAACAAGGACAACCAAAGGCCUGCCAGUAAACCCGAAGACCCCCCUCCCCUGCCUCUCUUUCCCACUCGCUGUGAGCGUCUUUGAAGGUGGAUGGUCAUUCAGCAAAAGGACGAAGGAAAAAACUUCUGCCACUAGACACAUAAAUUCAAUCAUAGAAUCACGGGGCGAGAAUGAACCCUUUCAUGUCAUUAUUUGAUUCUUUUAUAUAAAUCAAGCUCACACACCAUUGAAUGGUUUUAUGAGAUAUCUAUAUAUCCUUUCUGUUGAUGACCCUAAUACAAACCAUCCUUGCUACCACCA